AUGGCAAAGCCCCUACCUUCCCACGCAGAGCUGAUCGACUACAACUAUGCCGUCGCGGGACAUGACGGAACGCUCAGCGAUGUUGACGGUGAGCUCUUCAUCAAGCCUUGCACCCAGGCUGAGAUAGCCUUCUACGAAGCCUCCGUAGCAGAACAUCCUGAAUUCGCCCAGUUUAUGCCUACGUACAUGGGCACCUUGACCCUCGACGAACACUCCAACGGCACGACGAUAGAGCAAGCAGGUGCUGCCCUGCUGGCCAAACAUCCCGUAGCCGAGCACUACGAGCACCAUAAUGGGACAAGCAUAGAAAAUGCUGCCAUCUACGAGCGGAAUGAGGAGGCGCUGGACAAGGCAGAGGCGGCUAUGAUUGCCAAACAUGCAGCUGAGCCUGUUGCGCCAGCCAAACCCAGCAAGAAGAUAGUGACGAACCAAGCCGUGGUGCUCGAGAACGCCGCCCAUGGUUUUGUCCGGCCAAACAUCUUGGAUGUUAAAUUGGGCGUGCGCUUAUGGGCUGAUGAUGCCGCCGAAGAGAAGCGCAUACGCUUCGACAAGAUCACCGCGGAGACGACACAUAAAGAUCUCGGUUUCAGAAUAGCUGGCAUGCGGGUCUGGCAGGGUGAGGGAGCUACAGGCAAUGAUAUCGACAAGGAAGGGUACAAAGUAUUUAAUAAGAAUUACGGAAGGGUUUCGGUCCAGACAUCCAACGUGGAGGAUGCAUUCAGGAAUUAUUUGUUCUCGCCAGGAGCAGGCGUGGACGAAGAACUGGGCAAGUUAAUUGCGCAAGCUCUGCUCACAGACGUGAAGCGAGUUCAAGCCGUGCUGGAAAGCCAAGAGAGCCGCAUGUUCUCCGCCAGUCUCCUGUUCGUUUACGAAGGCGACGGAGCAGCUCUCAGAAACGCCAUGGAAGAGGCCAGCCAGACUCCACCAAAACUGACAAACGGCGAUGGUGAGACGUCCGAGGACGACGACGAAGAUGAGGUCCUGGGACCGAAGAUAUACGUUGUGAACGUCAUCGACUUUGCGCAUGCUGAGUGGACGCCUGGGCGGGGCCCGGACGAGAACUCGCUGACGGGCGUGAGGAGCGUUGCUCGCAUCUUGCAGAGCAUUGCGGACGCUUGA